AUAAAGAGCUUGCAUGCCCUCGAUUUCACCAGAAGACAGUCCACCCUUUUCCGUCUUAUACACAAUCAAAGCUUUCUACCUACUUUGCUAAAGUCUAACCGCAAACCUUAUACCGUAAGAGCCUCAAGCGUCGCCUACUUUGCCCAAUCUCCAGCAUACUGACAAUCACCACCAGAUCACUUUUCACCAGCAGCAAUGUACUCACGCACCCUCCACCUCUUCCGCGCAACCCGCAUCCAGCGCCUCCAAUCCCCCACCACUUCCACACCCACCCUCCGCACCUUCGUCUCUUCCCCUUACCUUCGCAUCAAAGAAGAUGCCAACCGCUCCCCCGAAGAGCUGGAGAGAACAAAGCAAGAACAGCUAAAAGCGCAAAAAGAAGGCAAGGCUGAGUGGAAUGAGAAGUUGGCUAGUGCGGGAGAGGCUGGUAUUGCUGCUGAUAAGGAGGAUGUAAAGGAUCAUGAUAGGCAUAUGGAGGAAUUGCAGAAGGAGACUGCUGGGAAGGCGGAGAAGGAGCAUCCUGAGGGAAAGAAGAAUUAGACUAGUCAUCAUGGCCUGCUGGUUGGAUUAUGUCAAUGAGAAUGGAAAUUGCUCCUGAUUGUUUGGAAUCGCCGGUGAAGCGUGUUCUUAUGGAUGGCAUAUGCGAGAGCCACGUUUAGAAGGUUAUAGUCUAUAACAAUGAGGGAUGCUUCAACAACGUCCGAUAUGGUCUAGUGGCUAGGAUUUCUCGCUCUCAAACAGUUCGGAAGAACGAUCAGGUCCGAGGAGGCCGGGGUUCAAUUCCCCGUGUCGGAAUUCUACUUUUGCACCUUUGUUGCGCGACGUUCCGCUGUCCACUUUCUCCAAGCCGUUGUUCGUCGACUAUCAUCUGUUGACAUCAAUAUUGCACCAUUGAUCUUUUUGUCUACUCAUCUUGUAUU